GGCACUUUUCAUUCGCAACCUACUGGCCUUGAUGAUGGAGCUUUCGCAUCCGUGGGAGGACAAGUAAAGGUUGGGGCCCUUGGGGGGUGGGUGGCUGAGGCUGCUGCGGAAUCAGGAUUUAUAGGUAAGGUAUACUAGGGGUACUAGAGAGGAGUCGAAGCUCGGGAAACAUUUGUUGGCACACGAUGCAUUCCGCCGUGCUACAUGUGGUUUGUAGAUUUCUGCCAGGUGGUCUUUCUGUCUUUCUCAUUUCAUUUUUACUUCUUCUCCUCCUUUUCAGUUUCCCCUUCCCCACCUCCCCCUUUAUCUUCCUCCACCUUCUCCUCUUCUCCGCCUCCUUCCUUUUCCCACUUUCUCCUCAUCAUGCCUGCCCCGGAUGAACACCCCCUCGUUCUCUUCCCGAGUUCUCAUCUUAAAAAGCGCCAAGCUCGGGGUUUGACCCUGGUGGUAAGCCGGACCGCAUGUGUUCCGUCUUGGCCUCCAAGUCCGACAGGCUUUGUUCAUCCCUUCACGGCGGCCCACCGAAAACCGGUGUGAGGUUGUGACUUCAUCCACUCCGUUGAGGACCGCCCAAACACUCAAAUACCAUUCCGCAUCACCCCGAGAAACACCCCUCAACCUCCCAGAACCAAACCAAACCACCGUCACA